CAUUGUAGACAUGGGUAGCCUGCCGCCAUGUGAUCCACUUCUGGGUUUAAAAGCUUAUGUCCCACAGAGAGGGGCAGAGUAUACGACUCCCCAUUGAGCCCCAGUCUGAAUCACACAUCACACUAUCUGGGUGCUGCAUCCUAAACCAUGUCAGACACAGAAGAUGCAACAAACGAGGGACAAGAUGCCUCAGAGGAAAAUGGAGAUGCAAAGCCCAAGACAAAGCCUGGUUUUGUGCCCGGCUUGGCACCUCCUAAAAUCCCAGAAGGAGAGAAAGUGGACUUUGAUGACAUUCAUCGAAAGCGAAUGGAGAAGGACAUGACUGAGCUCCACACCCUGAUUGACGCUCACUUUGAGAAGCGUAAGAAGGAGGAAGAAGAGCUUCUUAGCCUCACUGAUCGCAUUGAGACACGCAGGUCAGAGAGAUCAGACCAGAUGAAGAUCAGGGCUGAGAGAGAAAAAGAACGGCAGAACAAACUAAAUGAAGAGAAAGCGAGAAAAGAAGGGGAGGAGGCGAAGAAGAAAGCAGACGAGGGAGCAAGGAAGAAGAUGAUUCUGUCCAACUUCAGUUUCAUUGGAUACAACCAGACGCAGCCUGGUGCCAAAAAACAAACGGAAAGAGAAAAGAAGAAGCAGAUCCUAACUGAACGACGCGAAGAGUUAACUGUUGAUCAUAUGAAAGAGGACAAACUCAGGGAAAAAGCCAAGGAACUGUGGGACCGGAUGCGCCAGCUGGAGGCCGAGAAAUUUGAACUUCAGUAUACGCACACUAAGCAAAAGUAUGAGAUCACCGUGCUGAGAAACCGGGUCAGUGAUCAUCAGAAAGUUUCAAAGGGUGGAAGAAGCAAGCGUGGCCUGAGGAAGUAACAUCUGACGUCAACAUGAAGGAAACUGCCAACACCUGACAUUUAUAGAGAGUAACAUAAACCGCAUAAUAAUGUUUUCCAAAUACUUGAACAUGUGAGAACAAAAUUACAAAUGCUCGUAAAUAUGGUAUCUGUGAAUCAAAGUGCAUUUGAGUUCACCUGCAGGAAUGUAGUAGUAGUAAACCAAUGUGUUGCAUCUUGUGUUUAUUAAACAGGAGGUGUGUAACCCAUUAAAAUGACUUUACUGUCUGAAAGGAUGCCAUUGUGACAAGGUUUUCCAUGUAAUUCUAUGUCCUACCAUUAAAUCUGUCAUCUUUAGAGUACUAAAAGUGAAUUUGAGACUACUAAAUUGGUUCUUAUGUGUACGAUUUUGUGUUUGCAAGGAAUUAAAAGAAAAUCUUUGUUUAACAAACCAGAAA